AGAGAGAAAGAGAGAGAAUUAAACGCAUACCUGAACCUGGUCGGCACACCUGUCUGGCUGGUUGGAUUGGCAGAGGGAGGGAGGAAGGAACCAACUGUAAAGUCUGCAGUUACUCCAUCAUGAUGACAACAACCUCAGUUUAACUCUGGAUACCUGUUGUGAGCAGUGAGGAAAAGACAGAAAGUGAGAAAAGGGGAAAAGUGUGUAACAAGGAACAACAAGAUAGAGGAGGGGAAGACUGACAGAAGACAGGACACUGGACAUUAUCCACUUGGAAGUCUCAAGGACCACAGAACAGCUGCAGAGCUCCAGACCAGUAGCCCUACCAGCCAGCCCUACCGUCUCCCCUGCAGAGGUCCAGACCACUAGCUCUACCAUUUUCCCCAGAAUGGCUCUCUCCGGGUCGGGUGGCUUCCUCUCUGAGGAUCAGUUCAUCUGUUCUAUCUGCCUGGAUGUGUUCACCAACCCAGUCUCCACACCCUGUGGUCACAGCUACUGUCUGGACUGCAUCUCCACCUACUGGGAUGGAGGAGGAGGGAAGACGUGUGUGUGCCCGCUGUGUAAGGAGAGCUUCAGGAAGAGGCCGGAACUUCACAUCAACCGCACCCUGAAGGAGAUCACCGAGCAGUUUAAGAAGAUGGCGGACGGAUUGGACCGGGGGGCCAUGGUGUUUGAAGGAGGGAUUGAGAGUCAAGGUUGGGGUGGCGGUGGAAAUGAGGGGGUGUCAUACGGGGUUGAGCGUCCUCCGGUCCCUCCAAGACCCCCAGGGAUGGGUGUGAUGCCUGGGGAUUUGUUGUUGGAGAUGAAGACCAGGUUCCAACGACCUUCGAACUCCAGAACCCCUCCGCCCGUCCUCCACCCCCACCCGCCCUCACCCUUCUCCUCCAACACCACCGCCCUCUCGUCCCCCGCCCCUCCUGUUGUCCCACGCAGAUACACCCUGAGCGGGCCGGCUGAUUCCUCCACCGACGCGCCUCUCUGUCCUGAACACCAGAGGGGGCUGGAGUUCUUCUGCCGGACAGACCAGACGUGUGGGUGUGCCGUGUGCAUGGAGGGAGAGCACCAUGGACACCAGGUUAUACCAGCCAAGAGAGAGUGGCUCAUUAAGAAGUCUCAGUUGGAAAUCACAGAGGCAGAGCUGAGGGACAUGAUCACACAGAGAGAAAAGAAGGUGGAGGACAUCAGGACAUCACUGGAGAAUAUACAGGUGUGUGCGGAGCAUGAGACAGCAGGCAGCAUGCAUGUGUUCUCUGCCCUGGUGAGCUCUGUGGAGAGGAGCCAGGCAGAGCUGUUGGAGGUGAUAGAGAUGUCACAGCGGGCUGCACAGCACCAAGGACAGACCCUCAUCAGAGACCUAGAGCAGGAGAUCUCUGAGCUGAGGAAGAGAAGCGCUACCCUCACCCAGCUAGCCCAGUCUGACGACUACGUACUUUUCUUCAAGACAUUCUCCACCCCGCCUCAGACCAGGGAUUGGUCGGAUGCUGUUGUGACCUCUGACCUCACCUCAGGGGCGGUGCUUCUGACUGUCAAUCAAAUGGUGGAGCGGUUUCAGGAGGAGCUCAAGAGACUGCCGGAGAUCUGUCUGCGUCCUCAACCUCAAACAGACCAAUCCGUGGGGAGAUAUAGUCCAAGGUUGCGUCCUCAACCUCAACCAGACCAAUCUGUGGGAAGAUGUAGUCCAAGUUUGCUUUCUCAACCAAACCAUGCUGUCGGAAGAAAUAGUCCAAAUUUACCUUCUCAACCAGACCAGUCCCUGGGAAGAAGUAGUCCAAGUUUGCGUUCUCCACCUCCACCAGAACACUCUGUAGGAAGUCCAGAUUGGCUUUCUCAACCUCAACCAGACCAGUCAGUGGGAAGAAAUCCAAAACCAAAGGUGAGGAGAGUGCAGGAAUAUGCAGUGGACAUCACCCUGGACCCCCUCACCGCCCACCCACGCCUGCUCAUCUCCGACGACGGCAAGCAGGUGCGCUGCUGGGACCGCUACCAGCCCGUGGCGGACGGCCCCGAGCGCUUUGACCGUGUGGUCUGCGUCCUCGGGCGCCAGGCCUUCUCUUCGGGACGCCAUUACUGGGAGGUGGAGGUGGGUGGGAAGACGGACUGGGACCUGGGCGUGGCUAGCCACUCCAUCAACAGGAAAGGGAAGAUCAUAGUAAGCCCCGCCCACGGCUACUGGUUCCUGAGUCUCCGGGAUAAGAAGGACUACGCAUUCCGAACGGAACCGUCGACAGCGCUGGGCCUCAACCACAAACCCAACCGUAUAGGGGUCUACAUAGACUGUGAUAAGGGACAGGUGUCCUUCUAUAACGUGGAAGCUAAGAUGCUCAUCUAUACAUUCACCGACAGCUUCUCGGAUGUCAUUCAUCCCUUCUUCAGCCCUUGCACCAAUAAGUCUGGCAGGAACGAGGCGCCGCUCAUCAUUUGUCCUGUCUCGAUGCCUCUGGUGGACUGAGAUGGGUUUUAGUUUUUUUUGUUCAUUCCUAAAGGUAGUUUCCUUCCGUCUGUCCUUGUUCAAUGUUCUCCACUGAGCCAAUUGGACGGGACUGGAUAGGUCAAAGCAAUAUGGUGGAAGCUAUAGCUGAUGCGCCCAAUAUACCCAGAUGUCUCAUGUCAACAUAGGGAAGGGAACAAGGCCAGAAGAGAGGGAACAAUUUUCUGGAAUGAAAUACAGUCCCUUAGAACCAUUCAUAAUGACCUCCUGUGUUCUAUGGAGCUGACCAAUGGAUAAUCUGGAUACUGAGUCUGGAUUGGAAUGAUCAUUUUGACCAAUACAACUCACUACAGUCCAUCAGUCUGAGAAUUAAUGAUUUCACCAUCUGUCCUUAUCACACGAUGGAUGAAUCUGUCUAUAUAGGGUCAUAUGUGUCUCACAUGGCUCCCUAUUCACAUAUAGUCUGCUUCUUUGACCAGAGCCCCAUGGGCCCUAUGUAUUGCAUUACUAUAGGGAAUAGUGUGCUAUUUGUGACAUAACCACAGUCAUUACAAAUAAAACAUAUUACUUGUACAUUACAAUCCAGUUUUUGAAAAAUGUCCACAAUAAACCAAAUGUAAACUAUGUGGACUGGGAGCCACUGAGUAAGACCAAGAGACAAACAAAAAGACAAAGAAUCCUUUAUGAGCCAGUCAUUUUAUUCAUCGUAUUCUACAGAGUGGACAAAACUUUAAGAACACCUGCUCUUUCCAUGACACAGACUGACCAGGUGAAUCCAGGUGAAAGCUAUGAGCCCUUACUGAUGUCACUUGUUAAAUCCACUUACAUCAGUGUAGAUGAAGGGGAGGAGACAG